UGUAAACGGGUCAUUUUUAAAGUGUCUACAACCCCCGUGUGAGUAAACAAUGGAAUGGUCCCACAGUUUAAACCAAUCAGAGGCGCUGCUGCGGUGACUCUUUAAACUUCACUGACUAAAGAGUCGCAGGACUUAUACUGUAUCUCUGCAGCACCAUGGAGAAGAAGAAGCUGAUCAUCGACACAGACUGCGGCAUCGACGACGCUCAGGCCAUAAUGAUGGCCCUGGCGGCGCCCAACGUCGAGGUCGUGGGUGUCACCUGUGUGUUUGGGAACGGGGCGGUUGAUAAUGUGUGUCAGAACGUUCUGAUGGUGCUCUCCGUCUGUGAGCGUGAGGGGAUUCCAGUGUUCCGAGGUUCUGGUUCUGCUCUGGUUGGAGCCAGUCGCUCGCCUACUGACCACUUUGGAACUGAUGGACUUGGGGAUGUGAUAAAAGAAAAAGACCCCAAGUGGGAGGAGAAAAUCCAGAAAGAACAUGCGGUCAGUGCAAUGAUCAGGCUGGUGACGGAGAACCAGAACCAGGUCUCCCUGGUGGCACUUGGCCCGCUCACUAAUCUGGCCUUGGCUGUCAGACUGGAUCCAUGUUUCCCCCAGAAGCUCAAAGAUCUUUACAUAAUGGGCGGCAACAUGGAAGGAAAAGGAAACGUGUCGCUCUGUGCAGAGUUUAACUUUGCAAUGGAUCCAGAGUCUGCAUACAUCGUUCUUGAAGAAUAUCUCUGCACUACGUACGUGGCGUCUUGGGAAUAUUCCUGCAGAAAUGGACUGACGUGGGAGUUCUUCGAAGAGCUGAUCAAUCAGGACGCACCGGCUGCAAGGUUUAUGAAGACGAUAACGUCUAAAUGCUGGGCUUACUCCAAAGAAGCCAUGAAGAAUAAGAGAGAUGUGUAUUUCGGACCUGCCUUCGUCUCUUACGACGCCUAUGCGAUGGCGGCCUGCAUCGACGGCAGCGUGGUGACGGAAAAGAUCGAGUGCCCCGUCCGCGUGGAGCUGCAGGGCUCGAUCGCUCGCGGCAUGAUGGUGCUGGAUCGCACAAAUGAGCUGAAGAAGAGCCACAGUGUGUUUGUGUUGGCGAAAUGUGAUGCCGCCAAGUUUGGUCAGUUACUCAUGGAGUCUCUUCGACAGCCUUUAAAGAAGUAAUCUUUGGUGACAAGAAAUACAAUAAUGUGCUAACCUGAGUCUCAUCACCUUUUAGCACAUUUGAUAAAAAACUGACAUUUUGCUGUAAUCCUUUACUUAAAUUUGCUGACAGAUAGCAGAAGUAAUCCUUCUUUGACUAAUUUAUUCUCACAUAAAGUUUUGAUAUAUUUUCUCAAAUGUUGGUUCAGUGUUAAAUUAUUUACCUGAACAUUUGCCACCAGCAGCUGCAGCAGCAAACAUGUGGCGAACAUUUUUACUCCUGGAAGUGAAGUGGCUGCAAACUAUUCUUUACUUUGGACUUGACUGAUUAUUAAAAGUUGAACAGGUGGCUACUUUUUAUGUUGUGCAGCUUUAAAAAGGAGUAUUUACCUUUUUAUGUUUGGAUCAACAUAGUGAGGUGGUAUGUUACUGAUCGCCUGCCAAUGACAAAAUGCAUUAAUAUUCCCUUUUUGCAAUAGAAAAAGGUCCAAAGUCCAGUGAGUUAAAGGUUCAGUAUGUAAGAAUUUGUGUUAAAACCUUCAAAAAUUAACUGACUGUAUCAACCAAAUGUGAAAAAAUAUUUUGGACAUAUUUGAAAUGUGUUGCCGGGAUAUUUACUUGAGUUUUUUGUUUAUUUUCAACAUUAUAGCAAAAAAAGGGUUGUAAUUCAAUCACACUUUUAACAAAUCUUAAUAAAUGACAUGAGAGACAAUCGCUUGAUUUUUUUUUUUUGGAUAAUAAUGACUCUCCUGUGCUGUAUGAAUACCUGAAUAUUCUCAGCACUGUUGGAAAUCAAAAAAGAAACAUUUAUAUUUCCAGCAGAUUUGAUGCUUCAGAGGGCAGAACCACUCCAAAAAGUUAUAUUCUGAUAAAACGCUCGAUGUAUGUUGACACACACCUUUAACAAACAGAAAUAUUAUCCGUGUAAAUUCAGAUAAUGUGAAAUUUUCAGAGAAAUUUCACCCCAAACUGCUGCUCCAUUUUUUAUUGAACUCCAGGCGAGUUUUAGCCAUAAAUGUUGAAAACUGCUCUGAACACCAGCUGCUUCUGAACAGAAACAGUUAAUUAGAUUUAAUAUUAUUAAAUAAACAGCUGUUUGCUAACGAGGUCACCAUAUCAACUCCUGUUAAUGUUGUAUUUGCUUGUUUCUGCUGCCCCCAAGUGGCAAGAAAACUUAUUGCAGGUUUAAGUCAAAUAAAAAAAAUGAGAAAACCACCGAAUCUUGCUGAAGUCCUUUAUUUAAAUUGGCUGACAAACAGAGGCGAUGUACAAAUACAAACCUCAAACGUAAGUGUUCUAUGAUCACCUGACCAAUUUAUUCUCACAGAAGGCUUUGAUAUUUUUCGGACCGAGCCCGCUCUAACAUGGGCAAACGUGAACGUUCGUGUUCAAGUUUUUUUUUUGUUUUGGGGCCUUUUGGUGUUCUGAAGAAUCGCAUGUCAGAUAAUGAAAUAUCCCUGCUGCCAAAUAAAAAGCCUAGCGCACCGAUUUAACUCCAAAUUUGAUUUGUCAGACUUUUUUUUUUUUUUUUUUAAGAAAAC